AUGGAUCCGGAAUGGGGCGAUGAGUCUGAAGCCUCAACUGUCGGCGACGAGCAGGAGGAUACUAUCAAUGAGAUUGUCGCCGAAGUUAUCGAUCAGUUUCUCACGGAAUUUAGCCGACAACUCGGGAUUCGACAACCGGAAGACUCGUCACCGCCACGUUCAUUGGAGCCCAAGGUGCCCGAGACUGAGGAAGAGUAUCGAGAAUAUGUCUGGAGUUACAUUGAGAAUAAACUCCGUUCGUAUUAUCAACCGGGUGACCAAUACGUGGAAGAGAUAGUGAAAAGUGCAGCUGUCCGCGCCAGGAGUCUCACACAGAAGUAUGAGUUGAAAGCUGAAACCACGCCAAAGUUGGCCAUUAUGGCCUUAUAUGACUUUGUGAUACUUUGCGACGAUAGCAAGUCGAUGAGAAAAGACAGGGGCACUCGCAUACGGGCUCUCGAAGAAACUUGUCAACGUGUUGCUGAAAUCGCUAGCGCUGUACACGAACAGGACGUGUAUCUCCGGUUUCUAAACAAUGCAGAAGAUCGGCAUUUAAACAAGUUGUCUCCUAAUGAGAUCCAAGGUCAAAUGAAGAAGAUAAAGUAUUCUGGGUUGACCAGACUGGGAACUGUGCUCAGAACCAAAAUCGUUGAGCCUCUCAUUUACGAUCCUGUGAUAAAUGGCCUGUCUGCGAAGCCAGUGAUUACUAUUGUCGUAACCGAUGGACGUCCAGCUGGUGCGGUGUUUCUCAUCUCCCGAGUUGGCAAUGAUGCCAAUGCAGAGACAUUCCUGAGUAAUCUCAAGAUGAAUGAGGAACUACAAGAGAUGCUCUAUUGUUGCCAGGACCAGCUGGAUGAGCGACGGGAAGUAUUCCGUAGAGCUGGCAAAGAUGGUCGAUACUCUUCGUAUCUUAUUGAAUUAUUUGUCGCCGCACUAGAUAGCCAGGCUAGAUAG